AUGAAGGGCUUUUGGGCGCUCCCCGCGUUCCUACGACUCGUCCUCGCCUCUCCGCACGCCUUCAGCGUCUUUGACGACCUCUUGGCUUUUCCGCAGUAUGAAGUCGUCUUCCCCGAUUCCUUCGUAACAGAAGAGUUCGCAUCAUCGCGCCUCGCGCACGCUGCCUCGCGCCAAUCUCCCUCCGCAGCCCCGGAUUCGCAAGAGACGCAGGGACUAUCUACCGGCCAGCGGCCGACCGGAAACUCGCAUAAUGAGGGCAAUCAUGAGUUCAACGGUGGCGAGGAAACGUACGAGGCCGUAGUGUUAGAUGGCCAGCGCUACUUGUGCAGCAUACCCGUGGUGGAGCCGCCGGAGCAGAACACAACGGCCACUCCAGAGCAGGUCAAAGAUGAAGAGGAGAAAGAGUUGAUGCGCGCGACGGAUCGUGGGUGGGAGCUGCUUGAGGGGAUGCAGGGGAACUGCAUUUACUUCCUUAGUGGCUGGUGGAGCUACAGCUUUUGCUAUAAGGAUGAGGUUAAGCAGUUUCAUUCGCUGCCGCCGAGUAAAGGCGUGCCUAUCUAUCCGCCGGUGGAAGAUCCGGAUGUCAAGAGCUUCGUCUUAGGGAAAUUUCCAGGCGCGAAGGGUAAGGGGAGGGGUGGGAAGAAGGGGGUGGACGAGACCAGUGGCGAGAGCAAAAGCUCUAGAAAGACGUUGGAUGCAGAGCCAGAUGAUGGGAAGAAAACUAUGGAGCUGGCGAAGCUAGAGACUAAGGGCAGCACCAGGUAUAUGGUGCAGAGACUCGGCGGUGGGACGGAGUGUGAUCUCACUGGCAAGGAGCGCAAGAUUGAAGUGCAGUUCCAUUGUAACCAGGGGUCUGCCGACCGCAUCGGCAUGAUCAAGGAAAUUGCAACCUGCUCUUAUUUGAUGGUCAUCUAUACGCCCAAGCUCUGCAACGACGUUGCGUUUCUUCCGCCACAGGAUAAUCGGCCCAAUGCUAUUAAAUGCCAGCCCGUCAUCGCUACCGAAGAUAUCGCGGCGUGGAGUACAAUUUCAGCUGAUCUCCAUGCCGCCGAGGAAUUGAUGGCAUUAGCUAGAGAGCAAGAAACCAAGGACCCUGAAAGGCAACCUCGCCCCACCAUUGGUGGUAUCGAAGUUGGCGGCAAAAGACUAGUUGGCUCAGAAGGAAAGGUCAUUGAAAAGUCGGUUGUCGCUGGAGGUGGCAAGGACAUCUACAUUGGCACGGUUGCCAGCAGUGAUGGGAAGACGAUGACCGAAAAGGAGCUGAAGAAGCUCAACAUCAAUGAUCCCAAGGAUGUGGAAAAGAUGAAGAGGAAUUUGCAGAAACUGGCAGGCAAAAAGGGAUGGAGGCUUGAACUAGUGGAUACGCCACGUGGAAGAGAAUACCGAGGCAUUAUCGAGGCAGAAGAUGAAGAUGAACAGGGCUCUCACUCGCACAAUUCAAAUAAGGGCCAGCAACAUGGCGAAGAAGCAGAGCGGGAAGAGGCGAAGGAAGAAGAGAACGCGGGGAGUGAAGAAGUCUACAAGGAUGAGUUGUAG